ACGUUGUGUGGUAUGUGUGUAAAAACGGUCAGUGUAAGGAUGAAAUCUUCAAGGCGAAAGUCAGUAAAAAUAUUGAAAACAAAUUUGGAGAGAAAGAAACUGAAACUGGACAGAUUAAGAUGCUUGAUCCUGGCCUGACCGAAAACAACUGUAGCAUCAUCAUGAAAAACAUAAAGGCAGAAGAUAAAAAGGAAUAUGCAUUCAGAGUGGAGGGGUCACAUUCAUAUCUAUACACAUAUAAACCCACAGUCAAACUCAUCAUUCAAGAUGAGCCUACAAUGUACGUUCCUCCUCUCAGUGAAGGAGAGGAGGCCAAUCUGACAUGUUCAGCUCCUUUUCCUUGUCCUGAAACUCCUCCUGAAAUAACAUGGUGGAUCAAGACAAGAGAGGGAAACAUCAUUGAUCUAAAGGACAACAUCAUCACACUGAUCACCUCCAAAAUCCUUUACCUCUCAACUUUGACCUUAACUCCAACCUCUGACCUGCACAACGCCACUGUAGGAUGUGACGUGAGCUACGGAAGCAAAAACAUCAGUACAAGUGGGACCCUCGAAGUCAUGUAUGUAAAGACUCUUCGAAUUCUGGGUAAUGGCAAAGUGAUGGAAGAUGACACUGUCAGCCUGAACUGCUCUGUUGAGAGUCACCCACCAUCAUCUGAUCCUGUAUGGAGUUUCAAUGGAACCACAGAUAUAGUCAUGAACCAAACAUCUGCUGAAUCUUUCACGAUAACCAAUGUGAGAAAGGAGCAUGCUGGGGUUUACGGCUGUAUGAGGACAUAUAGAAACAAGAUACUGAAUGCAUCCAUCACUGUCGUUGUCAUUCGUGAGACAAAAGAAAUCUUCUGUCCUGGAGGUGAAAACAUCCUAAAGCCACUGAAUGUCAACAUAGAAACUACAGAUAAAGAAGCUUUUCAACUGCAUGUGGACAUCAAAAUGAUAACAGCAUGUCUGACGGGAAGAUCCAUUUCAGCAGUCAUCUUCUCUGUGGUUUUGUGCUGUCAAGAGUCUUGGAAAAGCAAGGACAAGACAUAUGAAGUGGUGGCCACAAACACAGACACUGAAGUUGUACUGGAGGUUUUUCCAGGACAAAAUGUAAGAACGUACUGUGUGAAAGAGUGAAAUUAAUCAGUUGAAUUCAAGG